AUGAAACAAAUAAUAAAUCUAUUAGUUUAUUAUCCAACAAAUACUAACAUUCACAUUGAUAAUAUAAUCAAUGAUUGUUUUGAAAGUUUAAAAUUUUAUCUAUUUCGUUUAGAAUAUUCAUUGGAUGAUUAUGAACGACGACAAAUACCAUUAACAUAUCAAACAUUUCGUACAGCCAUAUGGUUAACAUUGAAUUCAUGGAUUGAUAUAUUAUUUGCCAUUCAUUUGGCAUUUUAUCCAAACAAUUUUCUACGAAAAAUAAUGCAAUCAUUUGAACAAUUAUUUCAAUUUGAACGUAUUGAUUUAUUAUUACAAUUUCAAAUAUCAGUAUUUAUUAUAUUUGAAUAUCCAUGGUGGAUUUUUUUUCGAAAAAUUCUUCAUUAUAACUUUCAAGCAAAUAAUUUUUUCUGUAAAUAUCGUUAUCAUUUUAAUGAUAAUCAAUUAGAUAAUGAUUAUCGUCAAUAUUUGAUUCGUUUAAUUUGUAUUGCUAUAAAUUUAUUAUUACGUUCACUUUAUUUAACUGGACAAUUAUUUAGUAUUAUCAAAUAUCUACUAUUUCUUAUUGAAUUAUUAAAAUUACAAAUCAAACAAAUAAUAUUACGUUUACAACGUUCAAUACAAUAUUGUCGUUUUAAUUUUCUAAUUUAUCGAAUAUUUCGUAUAAAAUAUGAUAAACUUAAUCGUGAUGUAUUCAUAUUGAAUCAAACAAUUAGUUUGGCAUUUUUCAGUAUUGAAACAAUGUCUAAAAUGGCUAUUAUUUAUUGUAGUUUAUUUUAUAGUAAACAAAAACAA